AUGCCGGAACAACACUCUCACAUAAACCUCCCCUCCCUCCACGCAGCAUCCAAAAACCUCAAUCACAUGCUCCACCGCCACUCUCCAACUUCAAGCCCAGCACACAUCGGCACAGCAUCCAAAGCCAACCAAAUCUUCCACGACGAAGUCCGCGCUCGACACAUCCAAGAUCAGGACAGAAGCAGCCGCUUCGUCGACCAGUCCGAAUCAGAUGCUGAGAUGAGACCACCGAGAUAUGGCCAAGUCGUGGACGAGCAUUUGAACCAGACUCGACAUGUGAGGAAGGGGGAGAUGUUGGAGAGCAAUACGCAAGAUCCAAGCACUUCCAGCCUGGUCGUCGACCAUUCGACUUCGAAGGCCAGACCCCCGCCGAGAUACAGUCAGGUCAUCGACAAGCGUGCUCAGCGCCAUGGAUCUGGUAGAGGGAAGCACGAUGUUCGAGGGGAGGAGAACCUCGCCAGACAGGUGCAGGAGGGGUAUAAUUCCAGUUUGGCCGUGAACGACUCCAUCUCUUCUCCAGGCUCGACUCGUCGAACAAGACCGCAAACCCACCACCCUCGAAGAAGAGAUGAGGCACUGGGCAGACAGAUCCAAGACCAGUAUAACAGCAGCUUGCUCGUCAACAACUCCAUCUCCACCUCCACCUCCACCUCCCAUCCGAAGCCGAAACCCCCCAUCAACCAGCGACGCAGUGGGCCUCAAACCCACCACCCUCGAAGAGACGAAGCGCUGCCCAGACAGCACCAAAACGAACCCAACUCCAGCGUCGCCAUCACCCAGCACACCACUCCAAACCCUCAAUACAUCUCCUCCUCACCACCACCAACCUACCUCACCCACACCCUCUUCAACCCUCCACCAUCCUACCAUCUCCAACCAGGCCAUCACACCCCCUACACCAUCCUCGUCGACGAGGGAGACGACAUUUAUCCAUGGACGGGUCCAGAAACGAAGACGUCCAGAAAGGAAGAGAAUAGGAAGAAGAAACCCCAAAUCCGCGCCAAAGACCACGAGGGAGCGUUAAGGUGGUUGGCGUGUCGGAGGGGGCUUGGGGGGUCUUGA